AUGAUCUACAACCUGUACGUUUCACGGUAUCGUUGUCCACAAAAUGUCGUCAUUUAUCCUGCACCACCAAAUCGGAUCGUUUUAUCGGUCCAAAAUCUCGACAUAGGAAUCACUGGUAAUCUUGGAGGUCAAAUAGUUAUUCUAUUGCCAAUUGCACUCUUCGGAAUCAUACAGAUAAACAUCCAUCAGGUGAGUUUUCUGAAUAUUUCUCGUUUUCAUGGACAGUUCUGUUGUUUGCGGGGUGAUGAUGCGUGCGGUCGCGCGACGGCCUGUCUGCUAAAUGUGAUCUGA